CUUGAAAGUGGCGCUUCCUGCUUCCUAUAUGAAUGUGGCUUCCCGGGCGCUCUACGUGGGACACUCCGGCCAUCUGUCAUGGAAAGUAACUCACUGUUUCAUGCUAGCCCGAGAGAGACAUGUCCUUCUUUAUUACAGUGAGUUUUUAUUAUUAGCAAUAAUCAGGUAUCCGCAGUAGUUAUGGUCAGAUGGUGGAUCUGUCAAUAAUAUUUGCACCUGAAGGCUAAAUUCUAAAAUUAUAAGAAAGCCCUUAAUCAUUGUACACUGUAAUAUAAGUUAAAACUCCCUCAUUUGUAGUGUUUUGUGGAUUAUAUUUAACUAUUAUUGACCAGUAUUUAUUGCUUUUCUUAUGUUCUCAUACAUUGAUAAUGGAAAUAUGUAAUUGUGCAAUUUCUGUAUUUUAGGGUAUAAAUUGAAUGGCACAUGGUGAUCAGGAAUCCAUGCCAAGCACUGUUUUAUGGUAAAUAUUUACUAAGUACAGUACCAUGUAGAUGGUAAGAAGCCCCUACAGUGCAGCACGUGGUGAGUAGAGGAAGUUACCUAUGGAAUUAUUCAUUUAAAAAAAAAUCUGUUUACAUGAUAACAUUACUUGAACCUCAAUCUAUUGUCGUUAUUGAUUUUUUUUUUUUUUUUUUUUUUGCUAGGUUCUGUAUCCCAGUGUUUCGUGGCAUGAUUAGAGUAACACUGCAGGAUGUUGUCUGCAGACUGCUCUCACAGGUACUGAUCAGUGCCUGUUUUGACUUUUUUAAAUAUAAAUUUCUACUGUAACAAAUGUAGACUUUCUUAUUUACAUAUAAAAGUUCAUGUUACUAUCUAGACUGUAUGUAUAUGGUCAUCACAAUUUAUGAAACCGGCAUUAAAAAAAACAAAAAUGUUGUAUAUGCCAGAAGAACUUAAAAAUGAGACACUUAGGUUUUCUUUAAUUUGAGCACUGUCAGGACCACUGUUUGUUUUCUCAAGCAUGUGACCUUUUCAUGCAGCUGACAAAACCAUGUAAUAGCAGCAAAAUGAUCCUUAUCAAUGGUGUUGUUUUGUUUCUCCUUUCAAAACCAGCACUUAGGAACAACCUUAGUGCUAAUCUUUUUACCUUUUACUAAGAAACGUUUUGUGUGUGUGUGUGUGUGUGUAUGUAUGUGUGUGUAUAUAUAUACACACAUUAUAAAAGGAAUCUUGGGGCCAAAUCAUACAACAUACAAUAUCCAGCCCACUCGUUCAUUAAAGGGCAAUUUUGAAAGCUCACAAAAUGCAAUACAAACCUAAUCCAGACAAAACCAAUGGGGGUGCAAUUGGAGUAUAUGAUUGGCAUUGUGGCAGGCUUAUGUAAUAUACAAUGUACCCCAUUCUUGGCAGGCCCUAUCCUAGCAACUUAAUGACUGCUCUUAUGAGAUUAAUCCACUUACUUUGGAAAUGCUUUCUCCUGGGACUCUCUGCAGGUCAAGGUUAACUUGGGACCUGGAAUCAGGCACCUGUGAGAGGGAGGGGUACAAAACUGUAAUUAAACUCCCAUAGGUUUUUAUCUGGGUUAGGUGUAUUUAAAGAAGACCAUUGCAUUCUCCGAGCUUUGAAAUUGCCAUUUAAUGAAUGAGUGUGCUGGAUAUUUAAUAUAAUAUAAUAUUAAAUAUAUAUAUAUAUAUAUAUAUAUAUAUAUAUAUAUAUAUAUAUAUAUAUAUAUAUAUAUAUAUAUAUAUAUAUAUAUAUAUAAAAAAAAUUUUAUUAUUAUUUAUUUAUUUUUUCCCUCUUUUUUUCGUUCUUAGAAUGUUCUACAAUUUAUGUUAAUUGCUAAGGUGGUAGGCCUUUAUUCCAGCGCUUGCAAGAAACUCCUUACUAUAGCCCAAUCCACCAAGCGCUGAGACACAUGGCGCAUGUACAGUAACUGGCAAGAUCUACCAAUAAUGAUUUUCAUUGAGAAGGACUCACUUCCACGUUGAACUGCAAGUAAGGCAGGAAACCUCAGCCAGCUGAAGUGCUUUAGGGGACUGCCGUGUUCCUAUAACUAGACUAGGUGUUUGAUCCCAAUCAUCAUUCAAGUUACACGGAAGAGAAGCCAAUUAAACUUCUCAAACAGAAACAAGGAAGAGAGGCCAAUUUAUUAUACAUAGUUUCACCAACAGCAUUAACCUUAGAACAGGAAAUCGAAUAAAAUAACAUUCUGCAUAAUAUCUACUUCUACCUCAUACUAAAACCUGACAGAUCUGCAUGUAAAAAAUGUAUGUCUUUGGACAGGCUUUUGUCAUUGCUGAACCAAGCAAUAUUGAACUGCAAGGAGAAAGAGAAGAAGUUAGAGCAACAGCUCACACAGUAUCACGCUCUUCUGAGAGAAUGGUGAGUUAAUGGCUUGUAUUUUGCGGGUGGUAGACUGUUCCUUUGCCUCCUCAGCAUCAUGUAGACAAUUACUCUAUGGAUAGUAAUAAAUAGGAAAUUAUUAUUGGCGAACUAUCUUUCACUAAUUAUCACAACCACUAAAUAUAUUUUACUUUAGAAUGUUCCUUUCCAUCCUUUAUGCUAUAUUCCCAUUACCUCUACCUCUGUCUGUCCUAUUGCUCUCUGCUCUUCUUCUUCGGUCCUAUCAGUUUAUAUUCCCCUGUUUCUUUUGCCCAGGUUAAAGGGUUAAUCCAAGCCCCAUGAUCACUGCAUUGAUUUGAAGUGGUCAUGGUUCCUGCAGUCUGUAUGUGCAGCGUUUUGCCAUGAAAGGCUGCAUAUGAGGAGUUUAACCCCUUUGGGUGGUUAUGUUUGGAGUAACACUUUAAUGUCCCUUUCACUGCACAUCAUUAGCUAAUUUUUAGUCUCACUACUCACUGCCUCUAUAUGCCAUCCCAUGACACUUGUUUUAUAUAGUUCUCUCAUUCCCAGUGAUUCCGUUGAUUUUUCAUGGUUGCCACACGUUUUCUGUUAGUGACGAUUUUUUGUAACUCUCCAUUAGUAUCUGAAUCUGUUCUGUAGAGGACUAAACAGGAGCCACUAACCCCUACAAUUCUAUCUAACUAACCACUUUAGGUGAAAAUGUCUUUUUUAGAAGAGAGAGACCAGCAUAACAAACAGUAGCCUAACCUGCAGAUGCCUUGAGUACCCCUUUAUGCUUGCAGUGUUUUUCAUUAAAUAUACAGCUUUUGCCCAAUAUUUUAGUGAAUUAGAAGAUUGUGACUUGAUAUCUACUCAUACCUGCUGAAGCUGUUCACUUUAUUGAAGCAGUAGGAAGACCAGAAUUGGCUAAAGGAUACUAUCCUUCCCUGUUUUUCCCCAAUCCUUUUUUUUUUUUUUUUUUCCUCUCUCUUCUCAAAUCGAAGUUAGAGGUUUCCAAUAAAUCAAUUAUAAAUGGAGGUAGUAUAGAUAAUUAUACUACUAGUAUAUCAAAAGAGUAACAAAGAAAUAAAACAAAAAAUGUUACAAAUGGAAAAAGCAUAAGGUAGUAGGUGAUUGGCAAUGAAAUGCAGUAUUUGGUGCAACUCACUCAGGAGAGCUGUAUUUGUGUACUACUUAUUGGUACGACUUUGCAAGAUAUAGCAUAACACAGGCAUUUUGUUUUUUCCAUUAAAAAAAUAAAUAAAAUAAAAAAUAGAAAAAAAAAUAUAUAUAUAAUUUAUUUAUUUUUAUUGAGAUUUUCAACUUUUCAUUAAAUUUUGACAUGCUACAUCGUACGUGCACAGUAUCAUACACAGGUAUAAUUAUUAGCUAAUAGCAUUGUAUAAUAGAAGAAAACAAUAAGGAUACAGAAUAUGUAAAAGGAAGAAGAAAAAUAAAAUAACAAUAACAUUGUGUCUCCAUUGUCUGUACUGCUGCACUAAAAUUGUCAGUCCUUGUAAUUUGCGAAGCACCCCCGGUCAUGGACAUACACCCAAGUGCUGAGUGGCUACCUCCUCAAGGGAGAGUAUAUUAUAUGUGGUUUACAUAUGUAGGUAACGAGCUACUACUGGCUGUAUGGUAGCAUUAUAGGGUUGUGGUGGCACAAAGGUCGUUUCUUCAUAAGUUUUUACUGUACGCAAUUUCUCAAAGACCAGUGCAAUUGGCGGUAGUUCCGUUUUCUUCCAAUACCCAGCUAUACUACUCCACAUCAAUUAGUAUGUGUAUAAUAAUAGAUCUUUCGUGUUUUCGCCUGUAAUUGGGCAAGAAGUUCAAUAAAUACGAGUCAGUCUAGGGUGGAAGAUCCUUUCUCGAGAGGCUCUUUAUGAGCUGUGUGAUCUUGUCCCAAAAAGCUGAUAACUUGGCACAAGACCAGAAAACGUGACUCUGUGAGCCCGUGGAUUUACCACACCGCCAGCAUUCCGGAGAUACGUGGAAGGCAUUUUAAGUGUGCUUUUGAGUGGAGCAAGUGCAAGGUUUGGGGUAUAAUUGAUGGGGGGAUGACUGGUCCAACUUAUGGAAAAAGCCAGGGGUCUAUAUAAGGUACUUAAAGGAACUCUCCAGUGCCAGGAAAACGUUUUCCUGGCACUGCUGGUCCCCUCUCCCUCACAUCCCCGGUUGCUGAAGGGGUCACUAACCAAAGGCAGCGACGAUGUCCCUCGUCGCUGCUUCGCCCUCCCCCGCUGCUCCUCCCCUUCAUCACGUCAGCCGGCAGGGGAGACCUAAUGUGCAUGCGCGUUAGACCUCUCCAUAGGAAAGCAUUGAAAAUACUUUUCAAUGCUUUCCUAUGGGGAUUUUAGCGACGCUGGUGGUUUGAAAACCUGUGCUAUGGACCAGGAAGUGCCCUCUAUUAGACAGCCACUAGGGGAGGACUUUAUGAAAACUGCAAUAAUUACAGUUGCAGGGUUAAGGGUAGUGGGAAUUGACACCCAGACCACUCCAAUGGGCAGAAGUGGUCUGGGUGCAUGGAGUGUUCCUUUAAGGAUGGUAUUCUCCACUGUCACUCAUUGCAAAUUCCAUGAAUGGACCAAUUGUUAUGCAUUUUGUCUAUCUGUUCCUGCACAGAGUGAACUCUUCCAUUUGAGGGCUAUGAUGGUUUUUGGCUGCUAAAGUCACAUGAGUUGCUAGGGCACAUUGGUAGAUGGGAAAGCCAUGUACAUAUAUAGCUUGCAACCAAUGGCAAAAGGGUCACUUUACAUAAGGAGAUAGUUAAAUCACGAACCUGUCAGUGGAAGGCACUGGUGUUAUUGUAUAUUUUGUGUAAUCUAUCUGGUGUCCAAUACCAUCUCUGUAAAUGUUUUCUGUUGCAUCAAUGUGGUUAUAGCACAGAGUGAUGUCUUUCAGGCCAUUAAACCAUGCAAUCCAUUUAUCAGUAUUAUGCUCCACCACACAGUUUCUUUUCCAGUGUAACAUAAUCAGGUUUGUAACAUACCGAUGGUUAUUUAGGUCUAAGGUGAUUAGACCAACAUCGUUGUUAUAGGCUUUGUAUCUCGUGGUGUUGUGUCAAUUGGUUAUACCACUGUACGUUGAUGUAUUUAAAAAAGGACACUUUUUUUUUUUAAGUUGAAGAUGGUAAAAUAUAUAUUUAGAUGCCAAUGUUUUGUGUAGUAAAUGGUGUUACCUUGUUAUAGCAUAUCACCUGUGAAACGUGUAAUGCUUUUUGUAAAUAUAUAUAUAUAUAAUUUUUUUUUUUUUUGGUUUAACGUAUAAUCAUAUAUCAUGGCACAUAACUUAGAAGGUUAAGAAAUGAAUUUUUAACUGUAAGAGGUUUAGACACGCAGGUCUGGUAACAUAUCAGAAAGGAAGAGACACGUAGGUCUUGCAACUUACAUCUUCUAACCAUGAUGACAAAGAUUUCCCUGCGGUCAUGUGACAACUUGUUGUCUCCGUAAGUGUAUUUUCAUGAACCCGUUAUCUUGUAUGUUUUUGUUGUGGUGUGUUGCAUACAGUAUGCACAUGCUAAGAUUGUGAUUUUGUGGGGGGGUUUUUUUUGUUGUUGUUUUUUUUGUAAAUUGAGUUUUUAUUAUCGUUUUUGUCAUUGAGCGUUUAACUUGCAAUAAAGAGGUAGGACUCGCAGGUCCAUUGUGUGUAAUGCCUUUUGUGACCCAUGGUAUUAUGGGCAAGUUUGGGUGACUGCCUGCAUGGCAGCUAGCAGAAAAUAAGAUGCAGAGGAUUUCGAAUAUUAAUGGAUAGUAUGGUAGGGAAAGGGAGGGGGAAUUUUUCCUAUAACAUUUGGGUGUUCCUAAAAUGUGUGAGGGGAUUCCUUCAUACCCCCAUGUGACUAUAUUUUCAGCUGGGCUAAUUUGGCCUGAUAUGCACAUUUCCCUGGUCAGUUCCCACUUUUGUCAAACCAGUGGGGAUUUGCUGUGGAUAGCUUUAAUGAGUGGCACAUAAUGUACCUUAAACUGUUUGUUCUUUGUGUAAUCAUAUUUUCCUGCGUGGUUUUUAUAUUGACAUGGCAUAAAGGGAAUUGCCUCAUCUCAUGUUUAUUAGAACAAAAAAGCUCUAUGAUACUAUGACGACAGGAUAAUUAAUUACAUGUCUGUUUGCUGACGCUGUGUAGGCAAAACGACUUCUUGACUUGAUUUCCUCCAAUAAUUAAAAACACUUAGAGUGGAACUCUUUAAAUGAUGCACUUGGGGUAGAAAAUCAAAAAGUAAUUAGGUUUAUAUCUAGUAAUCCUGUUUUUCUCUCUCUCUGUCUUUCUAAAGGAGAACGGAUGAAUUUGAGGAUGGAGAGCAAGAUACAAAACCAGACGAGAUUCAAAGUAAGUCCUCUGUUACUGGACUAUAUGUUUGGACACUCACUCAUCCUAAUAGAGCGCUAUAGCCCGAAUCUAUUAACGUCUUAAUUAAUCUUAAAGGGACACUAUAGGCUCCAAAACAACAGUAGCUUAAUGAUGCAGUUUUGGUGUAUAAAAUAUGCCCUUUGCAGCUUCACUGCUCAAUUCUCUGCCAUUUAGGAAUUAAAUCCCUUUGUUUAUGCAGCCCUAAUUACACCUACCCUGAAAGUGACUUACACAGCCUUCCUAAACACUUCCUGUAAAGAGUCAUCUAAUGUUUAUACUUUAUUGCACAGUCUGUUUAAUUUUAUGAUUUCUUAUGAUUUCCUGCUCUGUUAAUAGAUUGCUAGACCCGGCAGGUGUCUCCUGUAUGUAAAUAAAGUUCAAUUUACAGAGCAGUAGAUACAAACUUGAAAGUAUGUCUCUAAACAUACUGCCUCAAUGACAAUUUUGAUUGACAAAAAAACUUGAAAGUAAUUUGAUCUGAUUUCAAUUAAACAUUUUUUUUUAUUUUUUUUUGCAUGCAGCCUGUAUCAGUCACUGAUAGGGGAGGUGUGACUAGGCAGAAUAAACAAACAAAAGUAAUUGAACUAAAAAAUGGCAGAUAAUUGAGCAGUGAGACUUCAGAGGCAUGAUUGUUGAUGAGCUUCUUAAAACAAUAUUCCAAAUAGUUCAGUAUCCAUAGACAAUACACAAGAAUUUCUGUUUAAAUAUGACCUAAAAGGCAUAUAUACCAUUUAUAGUAACUGUGAAUUGUAAUGUGUAUGUUCAUUUUGGUUGAUGUGUCUCACACAUGGAGUGGACCUGGCAACCACAAAAUAAAUGAUUCAGGUGAUAAACUUCUGGUAUGUACAGAAACAGUGUUGGUCAUUACUCCAGACCUUGUAAGGGAUUUUUGCCAAAAUAUCCAAAUUGGAAAAUUUAUCAAAAUCCACAAUUUUUCUAUCUCGGCUGUUUGUAAUUUCCCCUUUCGAAAACCUAGGGGAUUUCUCAACCUCGGGCUUUCCCUUAGACUCAGGUAGUUCCAUACAACUCAUUCUCAAACCUUGUCCAAGAUGCAGUUCCACAUUAUACGAUAGUCGUGCAGGCUUUCCUACUUUCAACACAUUCAUAAUUCACUUCCUUGUUUCCUUCCUAAUUAGAUUCUCUAAUUUCUGAAAUCCAGAAGCCAUCUUUUUAUCCGUCCACUCCAGUUCUAUUCUCCUUUUAUUCAUGAUUGAGUGUAGUUAGGACCGCCAUUAUUUUAUUCAUUGUCCUAUAGCCAGUCCAGACCUCAUCCUCUUUAUAAUUCUACCUUUUUCAAAUGGUUGCACCAACAACUGCUUCAUAGCCAUUCUGUCUUGCCUGCAGAUUCGCCCCAAAUUAAAUAAACCAGUUGUAGCAGAGAGGAUCAUUCUUCCUAACUGUCCCCUGAAACCCAAAUGCUUUUAUAAUCCUUUUCUCCUACAUACAGCUUCAUCCUCAACCUCUUCAUUACCAGGUGGCCGCACAGUUCCCACUAGUGGAUGGCCAUUCCAACAUCUAAUUCAAAACUAUAGGGUCCUGCAGGCAGUUUUAGUUUGAGUUCCUGCAUUGUUCUCAGGAAAUGCAGAUAUUUAUUUUUAUUGUUUACUUCCAACUUUGCCACUCCUAGGUGUAAAACGUUUCUCUUUAUUGUAUGUGAAGCUUCAGCGGGAUCAUCAAAUCAGCAGGAUGUCUUUAGGAGAAGCAAUUUGAGGCUCUUUUUCAUUUCAGCAGAAUUUCAUAAUAUUAAGCUACGAGCAUGAAAAACAUUAACAACCCAGGCUGUCUACCAGACAAGUGUAAUAAUGCAAGUUAAUGUAUGCUAAUUAUUUCUUGUCUCUGUUUCUUUUUUUCUCUCGGUGGAACUAUUUAUAUAUUAUUUUUAAUUUUUUUCUGAAAGGCAUUCUGUCGUGCAAAAUACAGCAGAGUCUUAUUCUCAUUUUAUAAUUUCAACUGUACAUCAUGCUAGCCAGAUUGCAUGUGUCCCUGGGGGAGAGGUGGAUGUGCACACAGUAAGUUUGCAUCCACUGUAGCAGCAAGGCUCACAGUACGUAUGGCUUCUAAUCUAUACAUUUGCUAGUCAUUUUGUUAGCACGGAUGUAUAGGUUUAACUUUGGGAUUAUUUGCUAAACCGAGAACUGUGGAGAAUUGAGAGUGAAAUUUCAAAUUUUGGACUAAAAUAAGAAACAUUGUAUUUUUCCCCCAGUUUAGCUGUCUUGAUCUAAAGUCCAGAAUACACUGUUUAGUAAAUAACUUUGCUUGUGUACCUAUCAAAAGUUCACUUUGUCUGCAACCUGUUUUAAUGAUCUGUGAUUUACGUUUACAUAUAUAAUCAUUCUUUACUAAAAAAACAUUUUCUAGACUACUGUAGUUGGUAAGCCUGUUUUUCCGAGGUUUACUGCCUGUUUUUUUGCAAUCAGAAAGAUGGCAGAACUAAUUGGAAGCAAUAUCUUGUUAUUCCGUCAUUGAGAGUCUCUGGGGCUCAUAUGGGAUUCGUAGAGGAGAUUUCAUGAAAUGCAGCGAGAUUGUUCUCCAAGGAAACUGAUUGAUUAAAUGAAUACUCCAAACACCGAGAGCUGAAGUUCUCCAAAUGUUAACAGAAUGUAACUUCUUUCUUACUUUAUAAGACUGCUGAUUUUUAAGGGAAAUCUACACUUUUAUAAAGUUUCUGGGUUGCACACUCCCAAUUGUCAGACAGAUGGGAGGAUGCUCUUCCUCACUACCCCUGAGGACUCUGUCAAGGCAGAAGGGAGCACUUCUCAUCGAGAAGCAUUGACUUGAUCGGGAGAUCUCUAGUGAUGAUCUCCCAGAGACAGAUUGCCAUCGGACUACAUUUUAAAAGGUGUUUUAAUGUGCUCCAGAGUAUUUAUUCUUACACUCAUAGGCAGGCUCUCUUCUUUCCACCUCUUUUCAGCUUUUAUCGUCUCAUUGUCCUUAUUCCAUUUCUUUCUUACCUAGCCCUUUUCCUAUUUUACACCAAUUUAUUUGAUUGCAGGUCUGCCCCCCGACCCCCAUUUUUUUUUCUCUUAAUUAUUUAGUUCUUGCCUUAUUUGUGUUUUGUUUGUUUAUUUAUUUUUAUUUACCCUUCCCAUGUUACACACUCUACCUAAAUCCACCCCCAACCCACCCACACACAUACAAUUUUAAAAAUCUCUAGCUCUGAAUAGGCAGUAUAAACAUCAAGGACCAGUUAGUUAUAAUUUAUGAUUUAAUAAAGUAAAAUAAAAUAAUCGGGUGUCACAAGAAAACCAAAAAAUUAGGUAGACCUUUUUACUGUGCAAACCUGUGUAAUCUUAAAAUUAAGCAGCUGCUACUACACUGAAUGUGUGUGGUUUGUUUGUUUGUUUAUUUUUCUGUAUGUCCUAGAUUUACAGAGUAGUCCAUCCGCAAAAGAAAUCCAGGAGGUGGAGAUACUCAGCAAAGCCCUGGAGAAAGCCUUGAAGGUGCGAACUGGCAGCAGACCACAAACUGCUGGAGCCAGACUUCCACUAGCCAAUGCUCAAGUUGAACCACCAUGUCCAUCCACUAAGACAAAGCCCCUCAUCAAAUGUUCGCAUCCUGGAAGAAAGCCUAUGACCUACCAGUUGAAUCCUCCAUACAAGACUAACCCAGAGAAGAAAAGGGCUCAUGGGUCUAGCAGAGGGAAAUUAAGUGACGGGACUAGGCAAUUCACUUCUGGGGUCAGCCUCCCAGAUAAGGAGAGACGUGGCUGCGCCCAACUGCACAAGGCCAAAGAAGGCGCUUCGAGUACAGACACAGUGCUGGGAGCAUCAGCACCUCCUACUGUUAUUUCCCAACCGCUGGAGACACAAGAAGCGCAAGAUGAACAAAAGCAUAGGGUGAAACAUCUACGGUAAGCUAAUUAUUUAAUCUCCUAUCCUCUCUUGUCAGGACAAUACGCAAAUGUAGAAAACAAAACCUUUUUCUUUUUUUUUUUUUUUCUUCUCAUAAAACUCAGUGUUGAUUCUGUAAUUUGCUGGUGGCUUAUUUUUCCAUCUAUAUGGAAGAGAAUAAAAAAAAGAAUUCAAGUCAGAUGAAGCUGAUUCAGGUUGUUUGUGAACUAACCAAAAUUUCAAAAUCAAUUUGUUCAGGGGUUGCCAGGUAUUUUUAUUCAUUUAAAUUUAAUCAUUUAAAACAAAAUUUUCACUUGUCCAAUAUUCCAUUUUUUUUUUAAAUUUUUUUUUUUUUAUGGGUUUUGUUUAUUUAUGCAAUUUUUAUAACUGUGUAACAAAUGGGGUUAAUAAGAUAAUCAAUAUCCCAAAUGAAUUCCCUCCAAGGCAAGUACGUUAAUUUUACCAUUUACAUUCUUGAACCUAUUAAACCACUUCGAAUCUACUAUAAGCAGCUUUUAUGCUUUCUCUUGCCUGGUGUCGGGUAUGGGGGGAGAAAUGGGUUAACUUUAACUGGAAUGGAAAGGACAUUAAUCUCCUAAUGUAGUGACUCGCUUGUUUCCUUAUAGACACGCUCUGAGGCUCCCAGUUGAGUAUCGGCGGUUAUACACGAAAAAUAGCAGGCAAGUACUUUGAAAUGGGUAGAGUGAGAAAGCUGCAUUUACAUAUUGAUGCAUGGCAGACUGGGAGAAUUGUCCAAAUAUAAUCUUGACCACUGUCUGUUAUAUUGUAAAUUUUCUACUGUCUUGGCGCCCACCAUUGCAUGUUAUUUUGUGAUCAUCUGGGACAGCCACUGUCUCAUGAAUCACACUGGGAUGAUUUGCUUAAAGGGAAACAUGGCUUACCCGCUGUCCACUUGCCCGCCGCGAUCACAUCAAAGAGCUGGGUGUUACACUUCUGUGACGCCCACCACCGGUCACCCGUGCGCCGCCAAUGUUCUUUGCCGACUUGCCCUGCUUGGAGACACUUCCCCAAGCAGAGCAAACCUCUUCCAUAAUGCUGACAUGCUGGCUUCAUUUCCAACGUGUCCGCGUCUGAGCAGAAUGGUUCAAUAGGUUUUCCUCCCAACCUAUACAAUUGCUAUGAAAACCGCAAGCAUAAUGUAUGUAUAGAAUGUUAAGCUCUUUAAAAUAAGCUAGUUGUAUAUUUGAUGACCGUUUCCCUUUAGGGCUGGUCUUGUCUAGACAUUUCUCAACGGGCCUUCAUCAGUCAAGCUGUCCCAGUUAAAAUCUAAUACAGGCAGUGUAAUAAUUAUCACGAAGCAACAAGAUUAGCUAGCCCUUAUUAUAAGACAGGGACCAUGUAUAUGCUUCCUUUUAUUUAUACUGCAAAAAGGAACAUUAAAAUUUCAGGAAAAAUAAGGAUCUAAGUGCAUGGGUUCUGAAAGAAGAAAACUUUAACAAAGAAACAAUAAAGGAUAUGUAUCAAAGUCUUGUGUUCUGGAAAAAAUGGUUCAAAGUACUAAAAGUGGGGCAAUCACCAUGACAACCACAGGAAGCAGCAGGCAUAUUCCUCUCCCCUUUUACAUCUUUACACUACAUUUCAGAACAUGACACUGAUAAAUCUCACCCAGUGUGUAUUUGAAGUGGCCAUGAGAAUUAUAUGAAGUUAUAACUGCAAUGAUAUAUAUGCAUUUUUUUUUUUUCAGAUUGUGGGACAGUUUUUAUGACAUUCAGAGACCGUGUCCAUCUUCUCAACCAUCAUUUCUAGAGAGGCUGCAACAAACCGUAUCCUACACUUGCUGUUUGACUGUAGCAUAAUCCUGGUCUGUAAACCAUCAGUGCCUUUAAUCCAAAUUAUGUGGGACUACAACUCCCACAAUACUCAAUCAGAUGAUGGCUGGCUGUAUUCUAGGUGUUGCACUAUACAUCAUCUGGGGAUUGGUGUAGUGUGACAUCCCUGCAGUCUAAUGUAUUGUGAGCAGGUUUCCUCUUUUAGAAAUUAAACUAAUAAAAGAGUCGCUCCAGUCAUUGCAACCACAAUAGCCUUCUGUAGUGGUUAUGAUGCCAGGAGAAUGCUGGCCCAGUUCCUCAGUGGUUUGACCAUCGGCUCUGAUGCUCCUUGGUGGUUUGGUAAUGCAGAUAAACAGAAGCAGUGCCCAUCCCCAUUCAUAGCCUUUAAGCUUUGGUUCAAUGACUGACUUUCUGUGCAACAGCAGUUACAGAAUUGACAUUCGUUAACUCUAGUUCCAGGCUGGCUGACGACUCCUCGAUGAUGCUGCCAGAGGUGGAGUUAUACCUCUGGUAGCAAAGGGGUUAAACUCCUUAUGUGCAACUUUUCACGGUGAGACACCCCACAUGCAGGCUUCAGGCACUAUGACUAUUUCAUUCACUGAAGUAGCCAUGGUGCUUGGAAUAAUGCUUUGAUAUUACUGACACCCUGUAAUGGUUAACUCCAUUACAAAAUGAUUUUCCUGAUUUGUUUUUCUACCAUUUUCUGUGGCCUACGUCUAAUCAUGUUAAAUAUUGAGAGUAAGAAUUAUCCAGCUAUUCUCAAACCUGGAGUGGGUUUAGGAUUAUUUUUUUUUUGAUAGCUACUAAAAAGGUUGUGGUGAGACCAAACAUUAUACAAUUCCCCACAGUGCAAAUACAAACCUUACUGUCAUGCAUUACCUGCAUAUCUCAAAUUGGACUUGGACAUCCUUCUUGUGCAUAGAAGCUCCAUAGAAUCAUCUUUCCACGACUAUCCCAGAGUUCCUAGCUUGCCAUGCAAAGGAGUAUGGACAGGCAUGUUUUAGACCUAAUACUGCAUUUCUGCACAUAGCCUAAUUUUGGGGAUCAGUUAACUAAAUUAAAGUGUUUAAUCUGUAUAGCUGUUGUAAUCUAGUCCUGUGGACCAUUGAGAGUUUAGUAAUAUAUAGCCUUGUGGGCCACUGGGUGUGUUUGGUAAUAUAUAGCUUUGUGGGUCUGUGUGAUAUACCUGGUUUAAAACCAGUCCAUGGAAUAUGGAAGGAAUGACAAUAGACGCACAUGAAGCUCUGAUUAAUCCAUGAAACAUGCUCUCCUUUUAUUCUCUGUGGACAUACGCUGUGGCUAUGAUUGUGCAGUUAAUGUGUAUGUAUGUAUGUAGGCAGACAGCAUUGUAUUUAAUAUGCUCACCCAUAUAUUCAGCCUUUCCUGAUUGACAAUAUGUAUAUUUAUAAUUAAGUGUAAAUAUAUGUAAAUCACCAUUAAAUAUGAAUUAUUCCUAUUCUGGGUUCACAUUGAUGUUAAUUUGUACAUAAAUAUUCAAUAUGAAUAACAUUGAUAUUCCACAAGCACCCUUGAUUUCAGAGAUUUGCGAAAUACUUAAAUGUACCAGCACGUGACAAUCCCUAUAUGGGCAAAGGAAAUGGUUUAUUCUACGCUUGGCAAGGGAGAGACUUCUGAAAUGCAUUUCCCAUGAUGUUUGAGGACCUGGGGGUAAUUUUCCACAGGCCCAUUAUUAAGAAAUUCAUUCUCGGUAGUGCUUCCAAAAUCUUUUUUUGUUUGUAUAUAAUGAUGCAGUUGGCAAAUAAUUUUACACUGGUUUUCCAUUUUGCUGGGGGAGAAAAAAAGCCCUCUAUAUCUAUUAUAUCUAUUAUUUUAUUUAUAUUUAUAAUUUUUUUUUUUUUUAUUCUUUAUUUUUAUUGUGCAAGUAUUCACAAACAAGCCUGAUAUGCCAUGACAGCUAUAACAAGCAUAGUAAAUACAGGCAAAAGGUAUUAUUAGCAUGGCAUUCAUAAAAAAAAAAAUGCACAUAGUUUUUUUUAUAUAUAUAUAUAUAUAUAUAUAUAUAUAUAUAAUUUUUUUUUUUUUUUUUUUUUGAUAAUUCACAAGUGUAUUGUAGUAGCAUUCGGGUUCAUUGUGUCUCUUUUUGUUGUUGUAGGUGUAGAAAAAAAAAUCUGUUGCAUAUUACAGGAGACAGGUGUUAAGUUAGGCUAUGACAAAUUAACAUUGUAUGUUAGAGAUGUCCGUUGAUUCACAUUAUGUUUAUGCUUCGUUGGUCAUAUUUUUUGAGACCGAUCUCGCUCCUGCCAGGGACGUAUUGGCGUGGAUCAACCCUUACUGUUCUUCUGGUUAGCUCAUUGUUUCAGCGUGACCGGGAUAUCUAGAAUAAGUAGUGUCAUGCCUGCUUGUAUUUGUCGGCUGUGUAGCCUUCAUAUCUUUUUUUUUUUUUUAAUCACUUGAUACCUACAAGAGAAAAAUCCAUGAUCCAUCGUGUUUGUUUUUUUUUUUUUUUAUUCUAGUUAGCUAAUGUUGUUAUGUCUUUUGACUUAAGGAAUAUUUAAAUAAUUAAUUAUGGGGGGGGGGAUUCUGUAUAUUAUUGUUACUGUAUACUAUUCAUGAUACUCUGGUAGGCAAAGCAACCAUGCAAUCUCCACUUAAUUUGGUUAAUUUUGUGCAGUUAUAUAGCCACUUAAAGGACCACUAUAGGCACCCAGACCACUUCAGCUCAAUGAAGUGGUCUACGUGCCAGGUCCAGCUAGGGUUAACCCUUUUUGCUGUAAACAUAGCAGUUUCAGAGAACCUGCUAUGUUUACCUAUGGGUUAAUCCAGCCUCUAGUGGCUGUCUCAUUGACAGCCACUAGAGGCGCUUCUGACUGUGAUUUGUUUUCCUGGCACUAUAGUGGUCCUUUAACGCAUGGGACAAGUGCACGUCACUUCUGCACUGUGAUUAUGUGAAACUUUGUUAACAGAAGAGUUGAAGGGCGCCUUGAACAUCUUAAUAACUUUUACUUGUUGACGUGUUUUAUGUGUGAAGAGUGUGUCCUCCUCUUUUUAAUUGUUUCUCAGUUUUCCAAAAGUGCAGAUUUCAAUAGAAAUUGGCAUAUUUCUAAAUUAACCUUGUAAUACCCCGCUGGCUGUCAAUCAGACAACAGGUCUUGUUACUUCCUGGUUUGUUUAGCUCAGUGGAGCUCAAGAGGCAGGUACUUGUCCAGAGCACCUGCUUUGCAAAGACUUCUCAUUGAGCUGCAUUGGCAAGUGUGGGAUUGGGAAGCCAAAGAAAGUCUGUGCGGGGUUAGAAGGGGAGGGCUUGCAAAGGAUGCAGGCAAGACAUCUGCUUUUUUUUAAAAAAAAAUUUAACAGCCCCAAUAGAAAAAAUGCAUUGUAGAUACAUCUAAUAAAUUGUUAAAUAGAAAUUUGCAAUUGUUCUUUUAAGAGCAUCUGCACCGAUCCAAACAUUUCUUUCUGUUUUUUCUUAACUGCCCGUCAGUUCGUCCCAGGUUGCCCUAGUAAGAGCCUCUUCGAAUUACAAGAAGAAAUAUCUUGUUUGAAAAAUUCAAUCACAAGAAUAAGGCAGAACAUAGACAGUCUGCAGAACUGGAGAGGGACAGGUGAGAUGAAUUGACCAUUUACAAACCUAUGUUAAGAAACCAUCUUGGGACUUAUGACCUAUUGUAUUUGUGUUUUUGCGUUUUUGUUUGUUUUUGUUUUUUCUAAAUUUUAUUCAAGUAUUUAUUUAGCCUGUAUGAACUCUAGUUCAAAAAUGCUGAUCUAUAAAUUGUUGCAUAGCUAGAAAAUGGCUUGUGCGGGAUUCUUUUGAUAAAUAGUUAAUUUAUUUCAGCUUAUAGAAUUAACAAGGGAAUUGUACAUCUCGGGUGAUAAUAGCAGAGGAGGUAAAAUAGCCGCAAUGGGGAAUUAUUUCCAAUUUUGAAAUUUCACGUAAAAAUUGUUAAUUUCCCACGAUUCCUGGUUUAGUGAACCAUAUGUCCCCAUGACUAGUUUAUCCCUCUGGUUAAAAAGGCCUUUUAUUCUAUAUUAAAUUUGAUUUAGAUUGUGUUGCCCAUAUAGGCCUUGAGUUUAAAAAAAAAUUAAAAAAAAAAAUUAUUUUUUUAAAUACUUUUGGAUAAACUUUGAAAAGGAUUUUUUUUUUUUAAUAUAUUCUAAAUAUUGAAAUAUAUAAUGUAAAAAUUACAGUAGAUUACAUAUACUAUAUAAUCAAAAUGUUAAACCAGGGGCGGGCCUGACCGCUGAGCUGGGUGUAAGCAACAUAGUGCUGCUCCCGUUCUUCUUGGGAAAUAUUGUGGGCUAUAAGCCAUACCCAGCCUUCACAGGACUCAAAAGGCCCACCAACCGUGAGGUGAAAUCAUGGGGCACACACUGGCACCAAACAGGAAGUGUGUUCUGCAGAAAUCGCUGAAACGACAAUCAUGGCCUACAAGCAUGGUUGGUGCGGGGGAGGUGACCGCUCUUCAAUGGCUGGACUCUUACAAAUAGGCCUCUGUCCCCCCAUGGAUCAGUGGGGGUUAUCCCGGCCCCAGGAAAGCCCCUCCGUGAGAAAUGGCGGCUUUCCCAGACGAAACUUAAUAAGCCUCAAAUGGUGGCAAUCGUCCCUGGGCCUUCUAACACAGCACAGGGGUCUGACAUUCUGGCACGGCUGGACGCUGUAUUUGCAGCCUUCUGGAGGAAGUUAGACCUUGGAGAGCAAAAAGCUCUCUCAUGCCUGUUUAUUGUGAGCCUCCUAUAGGGUCUCUCAUAUAAUCUCAGUCUUUUAGACAUGUUCCCUAGGGAUAACCGUAAAUAGUCUAGCUUUAAUAUAUUUUAUUUUCUACAACAGCCCACAUACCCUAAUGACCCUCAAUCGUCUCCUUAAGCAUAGUGGGGCCGACCUGAUAACCCUAAUAUUGUGUGUGUGUGUGUGUGUGUGUGUGUGUAUAAUAGAAUAUAUAUAUCUCACAAUUCCAUGCUAACAUAUAUGUCUAUCAUAAGCUAGCCAAAAGUAAAAAUUAUUACUCUUGUUUGACUAUCAAAAAUGCCAGUUUAACAUGACCAUUAUUACUAACAGUAACCACACUCACUCCUCUUCUGGCAUGAAUAGCACCAUCCUGUUUACUUAUAAAAAAUUGUGCAGUUCAAUCCUAUGUCAUGAUAAUGUCUGCUUUGAUGAUUAUUAUUAUUUUAUUUAUAUAGCGCAAGCAAAUUCCGUAGCACUGUACAAUUGAUGUGCCUGUUACUGCUAUCGUUGCACUGCAGGCUUGUUUGUAAUACCUUAUGCACAUCAAAAAUAAAGAAUAAAAAAAGUCAAAUCAAGGCAAUAAUGUCCUCUGACAUUUUUCAUAGAGACAGAAGCGAUCUGACUCCUUUUGUCGUCUAUCCCACCUCCGUGCCAGCCUCUCAAGUGCUUCAGUCAUUUGAAUCAUUCACUGGAACAUAUGUUUUAAUGUUGGCUCAUUUGCAGAGAUCCAGAUUUUUCUAUAGCUGAAAAACAGUUUCCUUAAAUUAGAAUAUUUUUCAUGAAUCUAUAAAUAAUAUAUCUGUUAGCUAAAUUGUGUGCUCUCCGUGCUGUAAAAUGAUUUGUUUGAACAAUUAAACAAAAAAACUAAACAUGUUGUUAUAUUCAACAUCUAGUUCAGGUUAUUCACUAAAUUGUGAAUUGUUAGGAAUUCAAAGCAAAUUUAAAAUUUGAGGCCAAUUAUAGCCAAUCUGAAUGAAUAAAUUAAAAAAAAAUAAUUCUAAUUCAGAUAUUAUGGCUUAACCCUGUAUGUGUUUACAUAUUUAUUUAUUUAUUUUUUCAAUUUAUUUUCCCAGUUAAUGGCUCUGUUCACUGUCUGGAUGGCUUAAUCAGUCCUAGACAAUUAAACGCAAAUGACACCUUUGAUUAGGGGUUUUUAUUUAUUUUAUUUUUUUAUUACUAUUAUAAAUAGUUUUUUUUAAAUUUUAUAUAUAUAUAUAUAUAUAUAUAUAUCUCUAUCUCUAUCUCAGCUAGAAGUAGAUGUACCAUACCAGCAGGAAAUAAGGCACAUGGAUAACAAUAAAGGGUGUAAUUUUUUUUUACAUUUAUUUAUUUAUUUGUGCUGAAUGUUACAAAAGCGCCCACAAUGCCACAACAGCAAAAACCUACUUUUGUUAUGUAAAAUAAAGCAGAGAUGGCAUUUGAUAACAUGCACAUUUUGUAUGAAAGUAAGCAGUGUUGAGAUAUAAGAGAGAUAGUAUAAUAGAAUACCUCAGGCUAAGAUAAAUUAAUUAAGAUAGAGGCUGCCUGCUUUUGAGUGGUUUGAGGGUUUAGGCCCCAGUCCAUUGAUCAGAGUCAGCCUAUUCCUCUUCGUUCCUGCAUAUCCAAACGGCUAGCAGCAGCUGCUUUCCCUGUUCGGGAGCCAUUCCAGUCCCAGGCUUGAGAGAGGGCCAGUAUCGAUGCACCAUAGAUCUGGGUGUUUCUUAAUUCCACCCCUUGCUGAGGGCGGUUGGAGGAUUGGGUCGUCAUUCGCUGCUUGUCUCGAGUAAUCUUGCGUCUCCGUGUGCUGCAGGGCACGCAAGCCCCUUCUGGCUCUCGGUCUAGAUUGGGGCGCAGUGGGAAGAGCAGGUUUCCUUCCCUGUAUGUCACUCUGAGGGUGCCCCUUCACCAUCUGCUGUGGUAUUCAUUUUCUAAUUCGGAUACACAUAUAGAAACAAUUUACACAUACAGUGUGUUUAACACCUCCAAUGUCCACACAGAAAUUAGAAUUUUUAUAAAAAUUUUACAACUCAAGAACUUUACUACAUGUAUUAAAAAAUAAAAUAAAACGCGUUUUUUCAUGUGUUUUUAUAAUAACUGAUUCUAUUACUAUUAUCCAAUACCUUUAUUUUGUAGACUCAACAAUCUAUUUAUACGACAAAUUAGAAAAACACGUUAGAAGUGUCUACUAUCUGCGCAUCUGUGUAGUGUUUUUUUUGUUUUUGUUUUUUGUUACCUAAGAUCUGCCAUUUUAAAGGUUCCAGGGAUUGGCACGACUAUCGUUGCAUGUUGGUUUGUGAAGCUCUUCUAGAAGAGGUGUCCCAACACCAUUUGGAUCUGAACGCCCUUAAGCAGGGUAAGUGUUGAGUCAAAGACCUCACGGGUGAACAUGUGGAGAGUUUCAUCAAAUAGGCCUAUGUUAUAGACAGGCAUAAAAUAGGAACUUAGAGGGACUAUAUCUCGGAGGAAGCUACCAGAGAGGACACUCAGCCCAGUACAUCACCAGGAUACCCCUCCUCACUUGACAAAAGGUAACACAAGGGAGGUGGGGAGUAAAUGUAGCAAUGUUGUUGUUUUUUAUUUCAUUGUGCAAAUAUGAAUUUAUGUAUAAUUAUAAUAUAUAUAUUUAAUAUCCCCCCCAGCACGCUGAAGCCCCAAUCCCCUUAAACAAUACAACUUCAACCUCAUACACACACACACAGAAAAUAGCCCCUGUACAUACACACUAAUGCCCCCUAUACAUACAAACAAACACACCAGCCCCUGUUCAUACAUACUAAAGCCCCCUAUACACACACACACACACACACACACACACACACACACACAAAACAGCCCCUGUAUAUACACUCAAAAGCCACCGAUGCCUGCGCGCGCACACACACACACCAGCCUAUUUACAUACAUUCUAAAUCUCCCUAUAGACACACAGUAAGCAGCCCCUGUACAUACACUCAAAAGCACCUUUUACACAGUCUCUGUACAUACGCUCAAAACCCACUAUACACACAAAGCAGCCCCUUUACAUACACACUAAAGCUCCCUAUACAUAACACACACAAAACAGCCUCUAACCAGACACACUGUAACCUCUGUACUGUACACACCCAGAGUACAGCCUAUAUUAAUAUAUAUACACAAACAAUACAGCCCAUAUAUAUGCACAGGACAGCCCCUAGAUACAUGUAUAUGCACGCUACAGCCGCUAUAUAAAUAUACUACAGCAACACAUACCAUCUAGACAAAUACUAUGCCACAUAGACAAAUACAUAAAAUACAUCCUCCUGACACACACUCUCUACAGACCUAGAAAUAUAAACACACUGAAGCCCAAAUACAUACACACACAACAGUCCUUCUACAAUCACACACUACCCUGUACACACAAACUACAGCCUGUAUUCAUUAACAUGCACACUAUUUCCCCUGUACACACAAGCACACUACAGUCCCUAUAAACACAGAACACCCUCUAGAUACAUUAUCCCCCAUAGACAAAUGCACACACAUUCUCUCUCUUUUGACAAUCCAUAGACAUACAGACAGAUACACAAUCUUUACAGCCUCUAGACACCCACACUAAACUGCCAUUGAAAACACAUUACAAUUCCUAACCACACAUUGUACACCAUAAACAGACUGCUUUGCACACAGGACAUCACAAUCGCCUCUAUGCCCACACAUUGUCACCAGCAAACACAUUGCAAUUGUGUGAUUAGAUUUGCUUGUGCUGUGUAAAACACCAAACCUUGUUUCCAUGCAAGAGCUCUUCAGCAUGAGAUGCCUUGGAGGGACGGCAAACUAACAUGUUCACAACCACUUUGUCCCCACCCCUACUGGGCUGCUCUGCCUUUAAAUGCCAGUCCCAGUCCGGCCCGGAGUAUGUAUAUAUACACCUGGGGUGGGUAAUGAAGGCACUAUUAAAGCUUAGUAACAUUGUGAUAAUGACUGAUGUAGGACUAGACUGGGUCCUAAGGAGAAAGCAAAUUAUUUGUAGUCCAAUAAGUGAGGGCUAAAUGCACAGAAUGUGUUCACAGAUUACUCUUCCAUAGCCAUACCAAUUGUUACCAGCAAUAGGUGCCUGUGAUAGGCUGAGAGUGGUCAAUGGACACUCAGCCAAUCAAUGCUGCCCACUGCUACUUACUCAUGAGUCCAAGUUGAACUGAGGGGUUGCCUGCCAGCUGCUAGGGACAAUGACAGGGGACUGUAGGUAAUUUUAAUGAAUGAAACUUGUCAUACCAUUUUUUUUUUUUUUUUUGUGGCGGCUGCUAUAAAACUAUUCUUUUUAAAAGUUAUUGAAGAUCUGCACAACUUACGCUAGUAGUUGGUUAUUCGAUCGCUACGGUCAAGUAAAACAUGUGACUCCCAGAUGGUAUGGCUUUUGUAGUAUGGAAAGAUCAGUUGUUUAAAUUUGAAUGCAAGAUGAAAUGCAUGAAAUCUGUCUUGAUCCUUCUCAAAAUCCUUAGUUGUUAGAACAAGCUUUAAUGUAAAGAGCAUUUUUUUUUCCCCAAAAAAAACAUUUUUAUUGUAAAUGCAUGAUACAAGAAUAUGGCACGAGUGACACUAUCAUUUUCCAACCAUCAAGACUGCUUUUAAGCUGUUAGUCAAUCAAUUACAUUCACUUUUUUGUGGUUUUCUCAACAUAAACAAAACAGAACAAAACCAAAUAAGGCAUUUUUUUUAAAAUAAAAAAUAUAUGUUUAGACUGUAAUUCUAUGGAGUAAAUUAUAACCUAAUUAUUUGUAGGACAAAGAUGCACUGCCAUAAUGCUAUAAUCUCUCCUCUGUAACAUACAGCUGCACAGCAGCACUUGGCAUGGAACAAGGGGCAAUCCACUGGUGCCAGCUGUGAGGAGAUAACCUGCUCAAGUAUGCCCCGCAUGGCUCCAGCAAUACUCCGAUACAACCACCCUUCUGAGCUAUCCCAGCUAAUCUGCUGCAAGCACCGGGUGUUAGAAUUAAAGGAGAAAAUCUAUUUACAAAAGGUAUCAACCUGUCUUAUAAAGUUCUCUAUUGAACAUUCUACAGUCCCAGUGUUCUCAAUCUGGUCAUAUGAGCUCAGGAGGCUUUUUACAUGGUCAUUCUGACAGACCUGUUAGUGUUGUUACUUCUUAUUGCAACAAGAUAGUUAAAAAUUAUAAUCUGGUCACUUGAGCCCCCAAAACAGCUUUUAGCUUUAAGAAGCAGUUUUGGUGUAUACAUCAUGUCCCUGCAGUCUCACUGCUUCUCUCUCUCUCUCUCUCUCAUCUCCAUCAUCUCCAUCAUCCCAUCAUCCCAUCAUCAUGGAGUUAAAUCACUUUGUUUAUGCAGCCCUAGUCACACCUCCCUGUGACUUACACAGCCUUCCUAAACACUUCCUGUAAAGAGUAUUCUAAUAUUUAUAUUUUCUUGGUUGCAAAUUCUGUUUAAUUUAGAAUUUAACUCCCGCUUUUUUUUUUUUUCCAUGUAAACACUGCCUUUUCAGAGAAAAGGCAGUGUUUACAUUACCUCUAGGGACACCUGCAAGUGGCCACUGGUGGUGGUUCCUGGGUCAGUGCUGCACAGUAGGCAGCUCUGCCGUUCACCAUCCCCACGCUCUGCAUGGAGAAGCUGAAUUUUCCUCAUAGAGAUGCAUUCAUUUAAUUUAUCUCUAUGAGGAGGUCCUGAUUGGCCAAAACGUCAUAUGGCCCUGCCCAUGUGCCGAUUUGAGCCAAUCCAAUGCUUUCCCUAUGGCAAAGCAUUGGAUUGGCUAAAAAGCGGCUAUUUGAUGUCACAAAGGGGGUGGAGCCAGCGCUGGCAGACCUGGCGGCACUGGAAAUAAGGUGAAUUUUAAACUUUUAUAGGAUGGCUAAGGUGGGGGCAAACCACCUUAAUUAUUGGGUUAAACACUAUAGGGUCAAGAAUACAUGUUUGUGUUCCUGACCCUAUAGUGUUCCUUUAAGUUAAAGUAGUUUUGGUGACUAUAGUGUCCCUUUUAAGAUACAGAAGAUGAGAUAAUUGCUGGGGCAACUGUUCUCCUUUCACUUUAAUUCCAAUACCUGGUACCAAUGCCUAAAUCUCACUUCUUUCUGCCUAUUUUUGUAAAUUCCACCUCUUUCUCUGUAGAAUGCAUACAAUUACUUUUCUGUUUUUCGGUUAAUGACCUCCGCUCUAAGCCUCCCUGUGCAGAUGUGUUCACUUUUGUUCACUGUAAUAGCGUUUAAUUGCUUUCGUUCUCCCUAAGCUCUUUAAAUAAUUUGUCUGCGGUCCUGGUUUCUUUUUCCCAGGUGCUGAAUAAAGAGCUGCUUUCUGAGAUGGAUUUGCGAUGUCACAGUGACCCAGAAUCCUGGCUCCUUUACAGAGCCAUCUACACCCAACUUUGCGAGGGGGGGGACGCAUUCCCCGUACUGGUACACGAGGACAACUGACUAACGCCAAACACACAGCCCACGGAGACAGAACGCAACACACUGAGAAUGCAACGUGCCGUAUGCCUACUGCAGCAAUUAUUUCCCUGUGCAGCUAUAGGAAGUUUGGAAAUUGGAAGUUCAAUGUAUUGUACAAAAGCCAUGAAAUAAUGCUUGAUUUUAUGAAGAUUUAUAAAUAACUGUGUAUGUAAAACAGAAAUGUGACCAUGCAAAGUAAUGAGACAAUAUGGUCAUAUAGGAGACUCUGCUUGUGGGUACACACAGCUUACGCCAAUCAGGACCCCUUUCAGUAAACAUUUAAUCUAAAUGUCUGCAUUCUCUCUUGCUAGCACCAUGAAUUGAUUAAACUGAUAUUUCCUUGAUGCUGUUCUAUUCACGCAUUUAAUAGGGAAAGCAUCCACACUUUACCUUUAACUUAAACUGUAAAUUACCACAAUUAGGUUUGCUGUAAGCCUAAUGGGAGAUAUGGUGCAGAGCAUCUGGAAAUCCAGAAGUUCCUACACCUGCCCAAAUGGAUCGACUCACCCCUAGGUUUUUUUUGUGUGUGUUUUGUUAUAGAAGAAUGCAAUUAGUAACACAUUCUCCAGCUGCUUUCAUAUUCUUCUAGUUUUUAAAAUCCUUUUUAUUUAUUUUUUACAAAUCCACAAUCAGGGUGUCUACUCUCCUCGCAUUUUAAUGCAAAUCAAUACAUUCGCCAAGUUGCAUUUCAGAUACGCAAAUAGAAAAAUCAAAGAAUUUUAAAUAUGUAUUAAAAUCACCAUCAAUGCUGUACUCCUUCUUUGUAGCUGAUUUUUGCAUAAUGGAAUGUGAAACUUGUAAAAGGAUUAAUUGUAUAGGACUGCAGCGCAUGUCAUCUCACAUCCUUUCCACCCCUGUACUUGACAAUUAAUAAUGCUGAGGAAAGCUUCUGGAGGUCCCUGGUGUAAUAGAGAAGGAACGGUAUAAAUCCACAUUUGGG